AUGAAUGGAAUUAUUUCUACAAUUUCAACUUUAUUUUCUGCUUCUGCAAUACGUGUUAAUAAACUUAAAUCUAUAAUUGAGUCGGAUGAAAAAAAUAAUAUAAAAAAAAACAAACUCAAGAAAUUAUGUGAGACUCGUUGGGUCGAGAGGCAUGAUGCAUUAAUUACAUUCAAAGAAUUGUUUUUGUACAUCAUAGAAGCUUUAGACGAAUAUGAAAAUAAUGGUAGUAAAUCAGAUUCAUCAAGUAAAGCAGCGAUGUAUGGUAGUGCUAUCAGAAAAAGCGAUUUUCUUGUUUCAUUAGAAGUAGCAGUUUUUAUUUUUUCUUAUACAUUAAAUUUAAUUCUUCAAAGUAAACAACAAGACUUAUCAAAAGCACUAAAUGAUGUUGUAACUGUACGAGCAUCUUUAGAAUCUAUUCGUAAAAAUGUUGAUAGUCAUUUCAAAAAUAUAUUUAGUGAAGUACUUAAGAUUGGUUCUAAAAUAGACGUCGAUAUUAAAAUACCUCGAGUUUGUGGCAAACAAAAUCAAAGAGCUAAUGUGAACGUUACAAAUCCGGAAAAUUAUUACAAAAUAACUAUAUUCAUUCCAUUUCUAGACCAAAUUAUAUGUGAAUUAAGGACUUGA